UAGUUGCGGUACAGCUGCAGUACGUGCUCUUUUGGCUGUGAUCAGCGUGAUAGGCAGAAUUUGCAUAGUUUCUGUGUGUGCUGACUCCGCCCGCUGUCCUUGACAACCGAAAUGGCUACCGCAACCAGAUUUACCCAGUGGCUGAGGAACUUGUUAUCUGGGCAUAAUCUUCAAGAAAAAUUACAGCUACGCUAUACAGAGAUCUCAAGCAGGACUCAACCACCUCCAAUUCUUCCAGUGGGUCCAAGUCACAAGUUUGCUAAUAACUACUACUGUGCACGAGAUGGGCGUAAAGCGAUUGUGCCUCCUACUGUCAUUAUUGCACCACAAAAGGCUCUAUCUUCUGGGGAAAAUUCUAUCACUUGUGAUAUGGCAGUUGCAAAUUCAUUGAAAAAGCCAGUGACACCCGGAACUUGUUCUCCCGCGUUGAAAUUGUCAAGUGAUCAGCCUUACCUAUAAAGACCUGAAGAAAGAAAUAUUGGGCAUUGCUAAAUAUGUACAAUAUAUGCAUUUUGAAAAUAAAACUCCUUUUGACAUGCAUCACUUAAAUUUGA